AUGGAGACCAAGGCUAUCCCCGUCUCUACCAUCGAGGACGAGACCUCUUCCCCCACCGCCCGCGAAGUGGUCGAACUGUCUAGAUGGAGUUACUGGAAACGUUAUCUGACAAGCUGGGAUGGGUGGAUAGGUGAAUAUGACUACAUGUACCUAAUCACCCCCAACGUCUACCCGCUCAACAAGCGUUACAAAGACACCGAACCCCCUUUCUACGGCCUCAAUGACGAGGUCCCCAUCCUUCUAACCAUUAUCUUGGGCCUCCAGCAUGCCCUGACCAUGAUCGGGUCGGUGGUAUCACCCCCUUUGGCUCUCGCAAGCGGCGCCUUCUAUCUGGAUUCAAUGCAAUCUCAGUAUCUCGUUUCUGCAGCAUUUAUCACCACCGGGGUAGCCACAGCCCUGCAGGUAACGCGUGUGCAUAUCUUCAAGUCACCGUUGUACAUCGGGACGGGGUUGUUGUCCGUUGUCGCCCCAACAUUCGAUGUUAUCGCCGUCGCGAUGAACUAUGCGGACACGCGAUACAAGAACGGAUCCUGUCCGACUGACGGGAACGGAUCCCGGCUCCCUUGUCCUGAGGCCUGGGGUGCAGCACUGGGUACGACCCUGUGUACUGUCUGGAUCCAGAUACUCAUGUCCCUGGUACCCCCCAAAGCCUUGAACCGUAUUUUUCCCAAGGUCGUCACCGGGAGCCUCCUACUUCUUGUUGGAGUAUAUCUCAUCUCGAGCGGAAUGGAAAAUUGGGGCGGAAGUUCGAACUGUGACGGGGGAACUGGGUAUUAUGCGCUGUGUCCGAAUAUAGAUGCUCCCAAGCCGCUGCCUUGGGGUGACCCGAAACUGAUCGGGCUCGGAUUCAGCGUAUUUGUCACCAUCAUUUUCGUUGAAAUCAUUGGCUCCCCAUUGAUGAAAUCGGCCUCCGUUAUCUUAGGACUCGCAGUGGGAUGUGCCAUCUCCGGUGCAACGGGUUACUGGUCUCGUGAAGAAAUCGACGCGGCGCCAGUCGGUACAUUUCUCUGGGUGCACACAUUCCCGCUGUCGGUGGAUGGCGCACUGGUCCUCCCUCUGCUGAUCAUGUUCGUCUGCGAAGCCGUGAGUUGUAUGCCGGAUAUUCUGGCCACGGCCGAGAUCUCGCGGGUGGAUAUUGAAGGGCGAGAGUUCCAUAGCCGUAUUCAGGGAGGGAUCUUGUGCGACGGUUUGGGGAGUUUGGUCAGCGCGUUGGGGACUUCACUGCCGAUGGUCAGUCAGGCGGGCAAUAAUGGCGUCAUUUCCAUGACCGGUUGUGCUAGCCGACGAGCGGGGUGGUGCGCCUCGGCCAUUCUUCUGCUGAUGGGGAUUUUUGGCAAAUUCGGGGCAGUCUUCGGAUCAAUGCCACCCUCUGUUCUAGGUGGAAUGCAGGUUUUCUUGUAUAGCACGAUUGUUGUGGCCGGUGUGCGUGUCCUCGGACUGGUUAACUUUACCCGACGCAACAGGUUCAUUCUCACGGCGUCGCUGGGGAUCGGGUUUAUGGACAUCGUUUCCCCGAGUUGGUUCAGCUCGGUGCUGGCGUACAGUGGAUCGAACGUGCACCUGCAAGGUUUCGAGCAGGGGAUUAAUCUAAUCGUUGAGACGCCGUUCAUUAUCGCAGCGGUUGUGGGGGUGGUGCUGAAUCUGGCGCUCAAGGAUGAGGUGGCAAGGAUCGAGACCAACGCGGCGUUGCCAUAA